AUGGCUAGAAACCUUCGUGCAAAGCUUCAAUACGCUGCAUACAAGGUCCGGCACAACGUCGCUCAUCUCACGUUUGAAGAACUUGAACGUCAAGUCAUUUCUGCCCAAGCCGAGUCAGGCAAUGCGAGGAUGUACCCACCGCCAGUGCUCUCGGCCACUGCAACCAAGGUCCACAACAAUUUCGAGGCCAUGAAACUGUCGACCGCGGACGCCAUGCGUUUAUCUACACGUCAGCCUUGUCACAUUCCGGGAGGCGCAGAGGGUGUGAACGCCAUCCAGAGUCUGUAUGCGUAUAUCUUCACUCCGUCUUCUUUGCAACGGCCCGAUCAUGACAAGCACACCAACAACCCACCGGCGCCGAGAAUGUCAACGGAAUUCAGCAAGGACAAGCGUCACGUCAACCGCGAUGGUGUUCUCGGAUAUCCCCACCGCGAUGAAAAACAUGCUCCCUUGAUCAAUCGCCCAAGCUCAAGCUCCUUGAAACGUAAGGCGCUUGAGGGAUCAUACCGUCGCAAGGCAAGCAAGCGUAAACAUGGCGACAACCCUACAAGUGGCACCUACCACGAAGACGAGGAUCUCGAGGCGGCAGUGACGCUGACUGGCCUCCGCAAUAGUUAG